GAUUUGCGUGGUCUGUACGACUCCGCGACUCGAUUUGAAUGUCAUGGUCAAGUGCAGCAAGGCCAAAUUAGUAGAAUAAAAACUUUCACUUAGAGUGAUAUCUCCUAUGAGUUAAUGGCUUUAUAUCUAAUCCAAACAAAGAACUAUCAACCUAUUAGUGUACUGGUAGCCGUAGGAAGGAAAAUUUAUUCGGGUGUGCGGUUCUCUGAACUCGGAAGGCAUGAGUAAUGCUCACGUGAUAUAACGUAUGUUUACGAAAUUCUCUUAUGAGCAAGAAGCGCUCAUCUAGAUUCCUGUCACUUGAGGUGCAGCCGUAGCCUUGGCAGUGCGAAAACGACUAGUGAAAUUUCAGUGUGACUGUGAACUGUGAAGGAUAUUGAAAAUAGUGUUCACGUAAUACUUCUUCCUGAAAAGUUCAUGCUGAAACAAUUACAAUGAAAUCUCGCGAAGUAUUUAGAACGAUGAUAUUGAGUUGUUUAGUGUUCAUCGUUUGUUUGACAAUGGUGACUGAUGUUGGUGCUAGUGACUCUAAAACUAAAUGCACCCUGACCACAGAUGAUCACUUUUACGAUUUAACAUCACUUGCCGAAAAUGAUUACUGGUCGGUUGAAGACAGAGUAAGGUACAAAGAUUUUAACCUGAACUUUUAUCUUAGCCUCUGCCAUCCACUUCGCAAUACUCCACCUGGGUCUCACUGUUCUGAUGUUGGUGCUGGUGUGUGUGUUGUACAGAUAAGUAAAAACGAAUCCUUGGAUUUAUCAGACAGGAUCAUAACAGUAGUGAAUGACAAUGCAGGAAUGGUCACAGAUAGUUCCUUACAACUAACAAGUGAAGGAUGGCUGGAGUACAAAUUUACAGAUGGUACCCCAUGCGAGUUUCAUGGGACUUCUGCAAACUACACAACAUCUCUUAAUUUACUCUGCCCUGAUGCUGGAAAACAAGAAAGUGCUGGACCACUUCUGAUGAGCAAUACAGCUUGUUAUCUUACUUUUGCCUGGCUGACGCAGGCUGCAUGUCCAAAAAUAUUAGAUAACCAAAAACACCUGACUUGUGUGGAUAAAUUCAUCAAUUCAAGUGAAAAACUCAAUUUGCACAGUCUUCACUCUUCCACAUUUUACAAUGUGUCAUCUAUUUUGGAUGGAAAACAAUAUCAAAUAAACAUCUGUGGUGCAAUAGAAACAGGUUCUUGUGGUGGGAAAAAUGCCACUGUGUGUGAUGUUAGUAAUGCCACCAACCCAGUUGUCAUCAGUCAGUUGACAAGAACAGAUAUAGAUGUCAUGUGGGAUGGUCCUUACUUCUCACUUCACUAUGAUAAAAUAUCAGAUCCUGCCGACUCUUCUGGUACUGAGAAAAAUGUUGUGAUCAAGUUCCUUUGUGAUCGUCAUGCCCAUAACACCACAAUUUAUUUCAUAGCUGGAAAUUCAUCUCAUCUCUAUUUUUAUGCCAAAACAUCUGUUGUGUGUUCUCCUGAAGAACAUGGAUGUAUAAUUAAAGACAGGAAGAAUCAAGUCUUUGAUCUCAGACCACUGCACAAGAAAGAAGAAAAUUGGGAGGUUCUUGAUCGUCGAGAAGAUCAUAGGGAUGUACUGUAUCAUCUCAACUUGUGUGGGCCAGUAAAUCCUGUGGGCUUCUAUUCCUGCCCUCCUGGAAAUGUUGGGGCUUGCCAGACCAGCCUUAACAGACAAACUGCUUAUAAUCUUGGCUACAUCACUUCUGACCCUGUCAUUAAUUCUGAUGGUACCAUCACCAUCAUCUACACAGGAGGAGAUGCUUGCAAUCAAGGGAAGCACACACGCUCCACUCGCAUCAUUCUUUCGUGUGACAAGUAUGAACAUGAACCUGUCUUCCUUGAAGAAUCUCCUACCUGCGAGCUUGUAUUCUUGUGGGCCACUCCUUUUGCUUGCCCAAAGCAUGUAGUUGAGUCGCAAACUUGCCAGAUACAGGACCCUCUUUAUGGAUUCUUGUAUGAUCUCACCCCCCUGAGGAACUCAACUCAAGAUUAUUCAGCCCACGAUGGAUUAAAUGACUACCACGUCAACAUUUGUGGACCUGUCAUUGAGGAUUAUGGUAGCUCAAUUCUUGCAAACGCUUCCAUUGUAAUUUCCAAAGCUUCAUCAAAGACGAAAAUAAGUGGUGGAAGGUCUCCAGGCAAGCUUAUCUUCAACGAUGGAACACUCACCAUGGAGUUCUCAAAUGGAUCACAGUGUCAAGAUGGUAAGACUGGAUCAUCUCGGAUUAUAUUCCUCUGUGACCAUGAAAUAAAUGAUUCAUCAACCGGUCUCACAGUGUUCAGGAAUUCCGAUCCUUGUGACUCAAAUUUUGUAUGGAGAACAAAGCAUGCCUGUCCUCCUCACACGGUCAUUGACUGUAGUGUGACCACAAGUGACGGUUUCCUGUACGACUUGAACCCACUGUCUUUGUCAAAUAUGAACCAAGAAGAACUCAAUACCAAGAACGAUGUGAGGUACGUGCUAAACGUGUGUCGGUCGGUUGUGCACAGCAAAGACUCCAGAUGUGCUUACGAUGCAGCUGCCUGUCUCAUAGAUGAAUCUCAUAACAACAAAUCUCUCAACCUGGGCGUUGUGGGGAAGGGGCCAUUUGUUGAAAAUGGUCGUCUUAAGAUCAAGUAUGAAAAUGGAGACAAAUGCAAUGCCACCCACAGGUACUCUACUGAAAUCUAUUUUGAGUGUGAUGAAGAAAAUUUGUAUCCUUAUCCAAGCCUUGCAACUCAAGAAAAUUGCAAGUAUAUCUUUGAAUGGAAAACAAGACAAGCUUGCAGAGAGAAAAUUGAGCCAUCAAGUUUUGGAAAUUGCAGUGCUACUGACAUUUUUACGAAUUAUCAGUAUGAUUUGUCUCAUUUAAAGAUAGCCAAGGUUUACGAAGUAUCUAAAGGUGAUGUAAGUCUUCUUCUCAAUGUGUGUGGGCCUGUUAUUGACAGCAGGUGCCCUGACGCAUCCAGUGGAUCGUGCGUCAAGAACAAGAGCGAAAAAGGUUAUCGCAGUGGCGGCAAAGCAAAUGCAGAGCUGAUGGUAAUACCAGGUACCUUAACCUUGCGCUACACGAACGGUGAUACUUGUUCCAACGGGGUCAAUGCAACGACGCUCAUAAGCUUCUUCUGUGGCGCCGAGAAGACAGCAGAAGGCCCCGUGCUUGUGUCGGUUGACACUGAGAGCUGCACUUACUAUGUUAACUGGCACACUGAGCUUGCUUGCGAGUACCGGAUCUCAUGUUUGGCUCAUGGCUAUGAUGAAACCAUAGACCUACGUCCUCUAAUCCAACACGACUCCAACUACGAGGUUCCAGUUAAGGACGAUGAGAAGUUCUUCAUCAAUAUCUGUCGGCCCCUGAACCACGUACACGAGAGCACCUGUAUCGCGGGUGCUUCUACAUGCCACGUGACUUACCACGCCAACGGCACCUCUAGCUCAGACAGCCUUGGCAAGCCUCUCACUCCGCCCAUAUACGACCACGAUGGUUCUGUACUCAUCAUGUAUUCUCUGGGCUCCCAGUGUCGGCAGAAGCCUGGCUUGAAGUACAGCACCAAGAUCAUUUUAUUGUGUGAUCCCAGUGCUGGAAAAGGUUCUCCAAAGUUCGUUACCGUGACGGACGACUGCCAGUACAAGUUUGAAUGGCGCACAAUAUUUGUCUGCCCUCCCGCAAGUCUAACUCCGAAAGACACCGACAACUCGUCAUGUCAGAUCCGCCACGAACCUGGCAAAGCAAACCUAGACUUGUCUUCUCUGCGCAAGGACCGCGGCUACAUUGUACCUUUCCGCGGCGAGUCAUACCUCGUGAACGUAUGUGGCUCAGUUUGUGGCGAGUCCGGAGUUUGUACAGACUCGACACAGAUCAGUUACGGUCUCAGUGACUUGUUCCAAUUCAAGUGGGACUUGGGCAAGUUGAAGCUUGUUUACUAUGGAGGCGAGUCGUGUGCUAGUUCGUUGUCGGGAAAACGAUCGUCAACGAUUUUCUUUGAGUGCGACAUGUCAGCUGGCUUCGGCCACCCAGAAGCCGAUCCUCUCAUGGAAGAUCUCGAAUGCAUGGCUGCUUUUACGUGGAAGACGAACGUCACGUGUCUGGAGGCCAUGUAUGCCAAUACUUCAGAGAAUUCCGAACCUACUUCAACAACGAAAAAGCCAGCAACAACCAGCUUACCCCGGACCACAGCUUUGCCCUUCAUCACAACGCUUCCUAGUAUCGACAGCAACAGCACCGCGGCGGGAGCUGGUGCCGUUUCCCCUGCUGGCAGCGGAGGAGUGUCAGCAGGCGUUGCUGCGCUCAUUACCUGCGUUUUUGUUCUCGCUCUCGCUGGGGGUAUCUUCUAUGCAGUCAGAUCGGGUCUGUUGCACCGCCUCAUCAACAGAGCCAAGAUGUCCACCGCAACACCUCGGUACUCAUCCAGGCGUGGAGGUAUGAUGCUUCUUGAUGACUCGUUGUAACCCACCUCCUUCACCUGCCCUGCUGGAGUUCUCUCGGAGGCUGCUCAGUGGCCGGCCGUCUGCGCCUGGGAUAAUUCUUUUUACAAUCUGCAACUACUUUGAUGCCGUGUGUUUAAGAUACGGGAGUUAUCACUUCGCUCUUUGCAAUGAAAUGGAGAGCUUAAUAUGGAAGAGACAUCGUGCAUUUCCUGUUUGUUGCUUUUGCUUUGUGGUGUACCCUGAUGAAACAAACUUUUAGCUGCUGUCUACAACUGAGUAAUAAAAAGUUUUUUAAAGGUUAGUGGUGAUUUUGUUAGUUCAGUGAAUCUGAUGAACUGAAAUUUGAGCGUCAAAUUGAUGGAACAUACCGAGACCAUUUACAGCACCGGGUAGAAGUUAGUUGAAAUUUUGAAUGCCAACUCAUCACCGAAAUUUAGAAAAACCUGUGAUUUUUAUAAAGUAAAAUUUAUUUGCGAAAAAAUAUAAGUAGAUUAGAGUCGUUGUUCGAUGAUAAUUUUAUCUGUUGAAUUUGAAUUUGAGCUCAUAGUUGGUGUACACAUAGGCGGGGUUCAUUGUUGAAGCUUAGUGAUAUUAUUUCGUACAUUAGUUUAUAUUUUGAGCAUGCUACGGAUUUUCUCGUUGAGGUUGGACGCCAUAGUCGUUCUGGACUCGUUGGAGGACGGUGUGGUGUCGUCAGGCCCAGGGUGCGUGCUUGUAAGCAGUUGUUCAUUCAUGUUAUUUGCGUGUGCUGGAGCUUGCUUAGUCUAGUCAGGAACAGGCUUCAUACUUGUGUACCGUAAUAUUAUCAUUAAUUUCGACAAUUCAUAACGAAAUUGUAAUCGUUGCUUGUAAAACCUUGCCAAAGGAAGGUGUAAUGCACUUCAAAUGAUAUAAAUAUCGGAUUUUUUUUAGAAUCUAUCACUGAACUGCGCGCCGCUGCUGUGUGACUGGCAAAUUCUUGCGGGCCAGACAUCGUGGUGCUCCUUAAUUUGUACUCAAAUACAGAGCGCGUCCUAACGCAUGAUCAAUUCAAGUUAUUAUGGCCCUCUUGAUCUAGUUUUAUGUCAUGCGUUCAUCAGAAUCAUUCUAAAUGUAAAUGAAUGAUGUUUUUUCAGGUUUACCGUUACCCUCCUAAUUUUUGCGUUCAUGAGUUGUCUUCGUAGACGUAGUUGUGAUCCAUGUGCGUUAUUUUAAGUAGAUUUCGAAGCGCUAGUCAUCUAUAUUCAGUAAGUGCUGUAGUCAAUAAUUUUAUUCCUUUAUUGGGGAAAUAAUUUCAGCAAUUACUCUCAGUUGGAGACAUCUGUCAAUUAUGUGUCAUUUAUAUUAUGCGCGACAACAGGAAGAUUGGCUCUCAAGCUCAAGAAGAUUUGUUCUUUACUGUACAUAUGUUGCCCACACAUUAGAAGCCGAUGACUAGCCUAAACACUUCGGCCAUAGUUUCGGAAAUUGCUACUUGUCUAGCUAAAUAAAAUUUUCAUGUUUUUUAUCUCCAUUGUUUUCGUAAAAUUACUGGCCCUAUUUCUCCAAUGAAUUUUGUAUGAAAUCCUUGUCUGACGAAUGGAGACAGGGCUGUUCAAAUUGUGACUGCAGACGUCAUUCGUAAUUGGAAUGAUGUCUGGAGAAAUGUUUUGUUUCUGAAGAAUUGAUGGAACGAUCAGGAGAGGGCGAUUCUGUGUGAGGCAACAAGUUCCAUCGAUGCCUUCACCUUCCCUCUUGUGCCUCCAAGAGUCCCGCUCAUGUGGGUGGGAGGGUCUCAAAACGAACAUUAUCUGGCCCGAAAGCCGUAUUUUGCACCUUCGUGCCCUCGGAUAUGGUCAGCAUGAGUCCACUACCGCUAAAGCGUGAUUACUGAAUCUCGUAUUAUCAAUAUUUCCACAAAUCACUCGUUGAAGAAAUUUCAUUUUUUUAUGUUUUUGGAACGAUAUUGAGUUCUUAUUCUCUCCCCAAUGAUUCAUCAGGAGGAAUGCGAUCUCUUAUGUUCACAUAUUCCUAGAUUAAGUUUUAUUUCGAAAGCGCGUAGAUUUUACAAUUGUUGAUUGGAAUGUUUGCCUUGAAUUGUUGUAGUUAUUCAACUGGCACUUCAAGCAUCUUUCAAAAGGAGUUUAUAUUGGUAAAAUAAAGCAUUAACUUCGUUCAUUAUUAACGCUAACUGCUGAUGGGUGUUGUUAUCGCUCAUCGGUGGCUGGUGAGCCCUGGCCUAUAGUUCCUAGCUUUUUAUAUGGGUUGCUUGCUCAAAAAAAAAAAUUUGUCCCAAGUCGUUGCAAAUCCAUAUUCAUCAAAGUAAUUGCUUUGUUUGGUGUAUUGCAAUGCUCAUGUUUUUGUUCUUUAUACGCUUAGGGAUAAGUUCUUAUGAUAUAUAUUUGUUUUGUAUUAAAAGAGUUUUUAGUGAGCUAAGCACUUACAAAUCAAUCCCAUGCUUCGUCGACCAGUCGCAUCUAAGUGAAUUCCCGUUUUGAAUUAUGAAUUAUUCUUCAGAGAAACAAAAUUCAGCGUGAAAAUGUUGACGUUAACUCGGAAUUAAUUAAUUACAAGAUUUUCACAAACAGUAUAUAGGUAUAGUUGUCCCCAUUUGACUCGAAUUUCCAUCAACUUAAGAAUAUACAUCACAAAUUCAUUAUACUUUUUCAUGGGCUACUCGUUGAGACAUAAGGCUGAGCAGCUUGCAUUUCAUUGUUGCCUUAGCUAACUUUGCAACGUUUUCACUGAAAAUCUUGCAAGUUGCUUAGUCUUUUUCGGGAAAGAAUCCAUGACCGAAUUAUGACAGAUUACCUAACAGGUUUCCAAGUGUCGAGUUUUAUUUCCUUAUGCUUUUAAUAUUAGCUUCAUUUGCACCGAAUUAUUACCUGUAUUCUUUUAUUGCACGUCAGUACAAUGGAUAUAAAGUCAUUUUGAUGAUAUAAAGGCUUCAGCUUAUCUCUAUAAGAUCUGCACGUAAGAUAUUUUUUUCUGUAUUGAGAGUGGCAUGGCAUGGCAUGCGUACGUAUGAAUUGCUUCAAUGGCAGGAUCGCGCUGAAUUGUAUAUGAAUGCCUUUGUGCUGUGUUGUCAAGGCUCGGAGGAGCGGUGUAACUGCGGGCGGGUUAAACAUCGAAAUUAUCUAAAUGUUAGCAAUCUUAUGAUAUGUAAAUUCAUGUUUUUCCCCAAGCUUGGUAAAAUGUUCUUUAUUAGCUGUGAAGCAUUCUCACACUUGAGCAACAUAUCCAUUUUUAAUUUCUCUAUUAUUUCAAAAUUGCAGUCAAAUUUUUUUUUGCAGCCUGAUAUAACAUGUAUGUACCUAGACAUACAAUGUAUCUAAGUGAUAUAGCGUAUCGAUUAUCAUUUCUUUUAUUCGAUCUUGCUACUGUUUGUGAUGUAAGUAUCUUCCAUGCUCAUACAAGACAUUGAUUAUACCGCAAGUAUUUUGUACAUUCAUUUAUAUAUAUCGAGUAUAUUCUUAUAGCGGAUCUUACAGUGUGGGGUUGUGAUUUUUUCAUUAUAUCAUGGUUAAUCGUACUGACAGUCAAUUCUACUUUGCUAUUACUAUCAUGUUAAUUCAUUGGCCUUUCAAAGCAUAUCGCUCACAACAUGCGAACAUCUCUUUUGUUAAUCAGUAGCUUGCAAGUAACAAUUCUUACAUCCGGAAAUUUUUCAUGGAAACUAUUUAAAUGUAUAUCGUACACGUGUAUCUGUGCCUGGAGCUUCAUUCAUUCAUAAGAGUAUUAAUUCGUCUAUAUAUUGCGUGACUUCGAUGCCUGUGAUUCAAUCGAAGUUUCAUGUGGCGCGGUUGCAAACAAUGAAACUCAUUAUUGCUUUGUUGCAAGACAUCAUGGUAGCAAGUUAGUUGCAACAAGUAAAUUGUUCUCAGGAUAAGAACAGUUCGUUAUGCAUUAGAGGUUUAGACCAAAUGAAGCAUUUGGUUAUGCAUUAGAUCAUAUAAAGACAGUGAUGUCGGUUUUUUAGGAGUUUUACGUUACGUUAGCGGGGUAAAUUACCUCUAUACGAGUUACCUAAUGAAGUAAAUACCAUUCCAAUAAUCAGAUUUAUUAUCGAGUCUUAUAAGGGUAUUGCGCUGUGUGUUUCAUCUUUUGUAUACAUUAUAUUUGGAAGUAUA